AUGAGGAAGUUGAGCGUGAUAAACGAGACUGUGAGUGGAGUAUUCCACUUAGCGAAGGCAAACAAAAGAAAGCUAUCAUCAUUAGUAAUAAGUUCUUUGCCAUCCGCCUUGGGAAAUAAGCGCGGCGUGUGUUAUGUGGCGAGCAGAAGGAACCUCGGAGAAAAUCCCUUCCUCUGUAAUGGAGGAAAUAAAAGGGAAUUUUCAAACAAAUCAAGUGUCGUUUUAAUGUUGGCCCUGUUUUGCGCACCAAGCUUAUUAUACGCGAAGAGGAAUUACAUGAACGGAGGAGGCCAUUUAACAACCAGUUGUGAAGGACUCAAAAAAGUACACUUAGGAAGAAAAGACGAACUGAAAAAUGGAGAAAUGAAGGAAAUAAAAGUUCAUGGAGAGAAGGACACCGUUUUGUUGGUACACGUGGAUGGUAAGUAUUAUUGUUUGGGUCCAAAAUGUCCACAUUAUAGUGCGCCAUUGAAGACUGGAGUGUUAACGAAGGAUUAUGUGACAUGUCCAUGGCACGAUGCCAAGUUCGAUUUGAAAACGGGAGAGUGUAUCAACGGUCCUUCCUUUGAUGACAUCCCAAGGUAUGAGGUAGCUGUAGAGGGAAAUGAUAUUUAUGCUUACUUACCGGAGAAGAUGGAAAUUUUUCAGAAAAAAAAAAUAUGCCCAUGUUCAGGCAAAUGUGAGAAUAAGACGAUAUUGAUAGUGGGUGGAGGAGCGGCAACGAUGGGGGCAUUGGAAACGUUUUUGAAGAUGGGUUACUCGGGCAAGUUAGUUAUAUGUAGUAAGGAUUCCUACAAACCGUAUGACCGCCCUACGCUCUCGAAGAGUAUUUCUAAGUACGACUCAGCGGAUGAGUUAUACGAGGGGAUAAAACUGAAGGAGGAUGAGUACUACCAGAGAGACAACAUCAGUUAUCUGCACAACGUAUCCGUGGAGAAGGUGGACGUGGAGGGGAAGAAGGCGCACCUAAGCAAUGGGGAGGUGAUUCGGUUCGACAAAUUGUUGGUAACGACGGGAGUACGCCCCUCCCCAUCACCCUUGGGUGAAGGGCGCGGCAGUGGCGUUGGCAUAGAGGCGGAGAACCUGAUGACAUUGCAGAGCCUAGAAGAUCACGUGAAGAUAGCCUCGUACGCAAAGGAAGGGAGUAAGUGCGCUAUCAUUGGUUCUUCCUUCAUCGGGUGCGAAUUGUCAUCUGCCUUGAAAAAAAAAAAUGUGAGCAUAACAAUGAUAUCCAAGGACGCCAUGCCAUUUUACUCCACCUUUGGUAAAAAAAUAGGAUCAGUUGUGUUGGACAUUUUAAAGGAUCAGAAGGUUACGUUUUAUGGAGGGGUUCACCCAACAGAAUACAUCAUCGACGGAGGAGGGUUCUUAAAGAGAGUGAAGUCUAUUCAUGGGGUCAGGUUGAGCAAUGGAGAUGUGAUAAAGUGUGAUUAUGUGGUGGAGGCGUUGGGUUGUUUGCCUAAUUCCGAUUUUCUCCAGGACAAAUUUAAAAAUGAGAGAAAGGAAGUUGUUGUAGAUAAAUAUUUUCAAGUCAAAGGUUCCCCUGACAUUUAUGCAGCAGGGGAUGUAUGUUCCUUUCCGUACUUUGUUACAGGGGAUAUGAUAAAUGUGUGUCAUUGGAAUGUGGCAAUACAGCAAGGGAGAAUUGCCGCACAUAACAUGCUUAGUGAUGACAAGAAGGAGUUUACUUUUAUUCCCUUCUUCAAUACAAAUAUCUUCGGAAAUAAUUUUCGCUACUCUGGGUUCGUGAAGAAAGCUGACAAGAUUAUAUGCGAGGGGGAUUUGGGUAAACGGAACUUCGUGGCAUACUUUGUGAAGAAUGAUAAGGUGGCAUCCAUCCUCACUUUGGGUAAUGCCAAGAUGGCUGCACUGAAUGAGUGCCUCUCGAAGGGCAAGGUUCCCAUGGUGUAUGAGUUGGAGGGUGGUCUCCAGAACAGUGAUAGCAUGAUCGCGUCGAUGCGUGGAAGUACCUUCAGUUAA